AUGUCGAUGUCAUUUUCAGCUGUAUCUGUACCAUCCUCAGUUUCAAGGCCAAGCUAUCUCUGCUCCAGUGCUUACCAGUUCUCUUUUGGGGCUCCAGCAAACUACUUCCGUUCUGGGUCGGGUGGACGAGUUGUGCUUCAUGGAGGACCUCUCCAUUUGUGCCGAAAAUUUUGUGGCUUAAAACAAUGGAUACUUGAGAACUUACACCGUCAGCAUCAGAGAAAACUUGGACCUACAAAUGAGUAUAAGAGUAUUAAAAAUCAAUUCAAAGAUCACUCAACAGAUCAAUCUGGUUCGACUUUAUCACAUGAAGAUGAUGUAUCUGCAGACUCCAAUGAUCAAACUUCGAAAAUAACUUCAGAACUUGAAGAAAGUUCAUUGCCAAGUUCCCAGCCACAUGCUUCUGUAACGGAGCCCACUACUUCAGUGGAAUCUCCUUCCAUGCCACAAACACAUUCCUCCAAGUUUCUCGUUGAGUGUGGUGAAGAACCCUCACUCUGCAUUGCGGUCAUAGGAGCAACUGGUGAGCUGGCUAGGAGAAAGAUUUUUCCAGCGCUUUUUGCGCUGUAUUACAGUGGCUUUCUUCCUGAGAAUGUAAGUAUCUUUGGUUAUUCAAGAAAGAAUAUGACAGAUGAAGAUCUGAGAUCCAUGAUCGCUUCAACUUUGACUUGUCGUGUUGACCAUCAAGAAAACUGUGGAGACAAAAUGGAUGUUUUCCUCAGUAGAACACACUACAUUAAUGGAGGUUAUGACAACAGAGAAGGGAUGUCAAAACUCAAUGUGCUGAUGAAGCAGUUUGAGGGAAAAUCUGAAGCAAACAGGAUAUUUUACCUUUCUGUGCCACAAGAAGCACUUAUAAAUGUUGCAUGUUCUCUCGCUGAUAAUGCCCAAACCCUGAAGGGCUGGAAUCGUGUAAUCAUUGAGAAACCUUUUGGCUUUGAUGUAUUAUCAUCUCAUCGGUUGACGCAGUCUCUGCGUUCUAAGUUUGAAGAGAAACAAAUAUACAGGAUUGAUCAUCUUCUAGGAAGGAACCUUAUUGAAAAUCUCACGGUUUUAAGAUUUGCUAAUCUAGUAUUUGAGCCACUGUGGAGCCGUACAUAUAUACGCAAUGUACAGGUCAUUUUAUCAGAAAACUUGGGUGUCCAAGCAGGAAGGUACUUUGAUGGUUACGGGAUCAUUCGUGACAUAGUACACAGUCAUAUACUUCAAACAAUAGCAUUGCUUGCCAUGGAAACACCAAUAAGUCUAGAUGGGGAAGAUAUACGAAAUGAAAAGGCCAAACUUCUGAGAUCAGUCCGGAAAUUGGAGCCAAGCGAUGUUAUACUUGGCCAAUAUAAAGGGAGUACUAGAGAUAAGGUUGAUCUAUUUAUGAACAGCCUGACCCCCACAUAUUUCGCUGCUGCAUUGUACAUUGACAACGCACGCUGGGAUGGUGUGCCGUUCCUGAUCAAAGCUGGCAUGGGACUCAUCCAACAUAGGGUGGAGAUACGCAUACAGUUUCAUCGUGUCCCAGGAAACCUUUAUCGUGAGCGUAUGGGGCACAACAUCGACCUCGCUACCAAUGAACUGAUUCUGCGUGAUACACCUGAUGAAGCCAUCCUAGUCAGAGUUAACAAUAAGAUUCCAGGAUUGGGGUUCAAGUUGGAUUCUCCGGAGCUGAAUUUGCUUUAUAAGGAUAAGUACAAUGUAGAGGUGCCUGAUUCGUAUGAACAUCUCCUUCUUGAUGUCAUUAAUGGAGACAACCAUCUGUUUCUGAGAAGCGAUGAGCUCGCAGCUGCAUGGAAUAUUCUAACCCCAAUUCUGAAUGAGAUAGACAAGAAAAAUAUAGCACCGGAGCUGUAUGAGCUGGGGGGUAGAGGCCCGGUAGGAGCUUACUAUCUGUGGGCAAAACAUGGGGUUCGCUGGGCAGAGGACUAG